AUGAGAAACCUGCCUAUUACGAAUACACAUUCUUUCACACAGCCCAAGGAUCCGCUCCGAGAUUUCCACUGGUUUCCGGGCGCCAAGGCGACCACCCUAUUGAUUGGCGCUAAGCCCUCUCGGAUGAACUACGUGGUAGGUCAUGCUAGGCAGUGGGGGUCAAAGGUGAGUGUGAAGCAUGGGAUGCGUGAUGCUCCGGCUGGCCGAGACGUGAAAGAGGCAACAAAGGAAACGGUGUCCCGGUGGUCAUGGGUAGGGUGUUAG